UUCCCUGCGCAUAACGGGUGCGGCUUCUUUGGCAAAAAACCGGCGGCAAAACAUGAAAACCUCUGCUCCAAGUGCUACGUGACCUCCCGCGCCAACGAAGAAACAGCUGCCUCUGCCAAGGCGGCGAUGGAGAAGACGCUCAGUAUCAAAUCCAAGCAAGAGGAUUUUAUUUGCUGAAUAUCCAUCAAGUGGUUACUCCAAACUCCUCCUCUCCUCCUUCCUUCUGUGCAGCGUGGUGAUAUGAAUCAUUCAUCAUCUUCAUCAUCGGCAGCUCAGGUGGCUGGUUGCCGAUCAAAGCUUCCGCCUAAGGCGGCGACUAGGUGCUUUAGCUUUGCAAUAAAAAAAGUUGGCUUGACUCGAUUUCAAUGCAAGUGCGGAGAGUACCUUUUUGUUGGAAUUCAUCGGUACCCAGAGAAUCAUUGAGUGCUUCAUUUUGAUUUCAAGGGAGCUGGUCGCAGUGCGAUCGCAAAGGCGAAUCCAGUUGUGAAGGCAGCAUAAAGUUGAGAGGAUCUGAUCCUCAAUAGACAAUUGGUAAUUUGGCAUUCUUAACGGGAGUUCUUCUUAAUUUUCUUUUGGUUCUUUUAAUUUAUUUUUCUUUAUAUUAUAGAUUAUUAGUGUUAGCGGGUCAAAGGGUUGGUUUUUAAUGCUGGCUUUGGCUGUUUGGUUAGUGCUAUGUGGAAUUAGUAAGGGGGAGCAUAGGCUGGAUGAAAUUAUGGUUGCUUUUGGAGGAGAGAUCCAUUAACCAAAAAUGGAUAUCAGUGGAUUGUUUGCUUUCAAAUGCUUCUCGCUUGCCUCUUUCUGUGCUUGAUAAGAAUCUUUACCACAUGUCUAUGUAUCUUCUAUCUAUAUCUAUUUAUGUGCUUCUCUGUUUGUAUAUGACUAUAAUGUCAGUCCUCCCCUUUUUUUCUUCUA